AAACCCCAAUCGUCCGUCUAGCUGUUUUUGAACUCAUAACACAUACUGUGUGAACGCCCCCUUACUCUCUGCGUUCGGUGGGAAGCCGUGCACUUUUGAGUGACGUGACAAACUCGUAGCGAGCGACUAGGCGUUUGCUGUUUUGCCGCGGCGCGCAGUUCUCAUCAUCACUCCAGCGGACGGACUCUAAACAAAGAUUACUUAUGAAGACGGAGCAUCUGAUCUUUCUCGAAAGCCAAAUGUGUUGUGGCGUAGCUUUUAUGAAUGCGCUGUACUGUUCUCAAAAGGCGACACGGCUGACUGGGAGCAUAUAGUUGAAUCAGAUCCGUGUUUAUUAUAGAUAUAGCCAAUAUUUGUGCAAGAAUGCCGAGAAGAAAACAGCAGGCGCCGAGACGUGCUUCAGCUUAUAAUUCAGAGAAUGUUAAGGAGACCACCACACAGAUUGAUGGCAUUGGAAAUGAUUGCUCAGCGACCAAGAAAAAAACACAGGGUAAAAAUUACUUGGAACAAGAAGUCAAAAGUCCAGUGGAUGAACAAGAUUCCACUACUGCUGAGCUCUCAGGUCAUGAUGUUGACAUUGAAUCUCACAUUAGUGAAUCUAGUGACCCUACAUCAGAUGCUGAGAGCACCUCGGUCAAAAAUCAGGAGGAUACCACCAGAGACAUCUUAAAAGAUGGCUCUGAGGACUCAGUAUGUAGUUCAGAUAGCCUUGAACAGAUGAAGGCUAUUUACAAAAGCGUCCUCAAUAAUCCUUACUGGUCCUUGCUGAGUUUGAAUUCAUCUCAACCAUAUGCAGAGGAACAGCCUGCCAAUAGCAGUGGUAGUAGUAGCAACAAUAGUAGUCCUGGUCGCAACUCCAAUGACUGGCACCAGUCUGCUAUUGCAAAGACAUUCCAACACAUGUCUCAGAAACAACCAAUUACACUUGAGCCAAGUCUUUUCUCCACUGUCCAGCUCUACCACCAAAACACUAAACUCUAUGGAUCCAUCUUCACCGGUGCCAGCAAGUUCCACUGCAAAAGCUGUAGUGCAUCAUAUGACACUCUACUUGAUCUCACUAUUCACAUGAACGAAACAGACCAUUACCGUGAUGACAACCAUGAAAGUGCUAGCAAGGGCACCAAGUCCUGGUCCAAGCCACGUAAGCGCUCUAUUUUGGAGAUGGAGGGCAAGGAAGAUGCCCAGAAAGUCCUACGUUGUAUGUACUGCGGGCACUCCUUUGAAUCCUUGCAAGACCUCAGCGUACACAUGAUAAAGACCAAGCACUACCAAAAAGUACCUCUGAGAGAACCUAGAACAGCAAUUGCUGCUAAAGUUGUCUCUUCUUUCAGAAAGAGGGUUCCGGUGGAGUUGAAUAUUGGAAAAUCUCUGCGCACCACAGAGCAGAGAAGUACCAAUGGAGGACAAGCCAGUGAUAUUUUUCAGAUGUGUUCCAAACAGGCUUUUACCAACAAAGCAGACUUAAUAAAUCAGAAAGGCACUCGCCGGGGUAUGCAACCAAAGUCACAGAACUUCACAUGUAUGGAGUGUGGAAUUUCACAUGACUCUUUGCAGCAAUUGAGUGCUCACAUGAUGUUGACCGGUCACUUUGUCAGAGUCACCCAGUCAUUGAAAAAAAGAGACAAGCCCAUUUUAAAACAAAAAGUAUUGAAUCCUCCUCCAAAAAAUAAGUGUGAGAGGGCUCAGUCUGGUAUGCAAUGUUCCUCCCCUCUCUUAGCAACAGGAAUCAAUGAUCCAUCUUCUUGUCCAUCUCCAACAACCAGGGACAUCAAGAAUAAGAUGCAAGAAAUAACAUCCCUGAAAGACAACGAUUGCAAUGAGUCUGCAAAUGCGAGUGAUGCCAUGGAGAGAUUUGGCAUCUCAUCAAAAUAUGAUUACCUUACUGAAGAGGAUCUUAAAGAGAGCCCUAAAAUGGAUUUUGAUAUUCUCAAAUCAUUAGAGAAUACAGUCACUUCGGCCAUUAACAAAGCACAGAAGGGUGCCCCGAGCUGUGGGGGUUACCAAAGUAUUCACGCAGCUUAUCAGUUACAAAACCAUCUGAAACCUUCUCUGCACAACUCCUUUUUGAAACAGUCAGCCAGUGGGCAGGAGGGCCAGUCUUUAGGCAAAUGUCCACUGGUCACUCCAAGCACUCCACCAAGUGCUUCCUCAACCACAGUAAAUAACCAUGAAGUAGAUGAUUUGGAGAAGGUUACAGAAAAUGUUGCAAAUGUGGAGGAUCAAGUGAAAUACUUUAAUGGGCAGGGAUCUGUGAAAUGGAAAUCACUAGCAUCCAGCUCCCCAGUUGAGGCCACUGAGGGUAACACAGCUGAGAAGAAUAUUCCAAAGCACACUCAACGCUCUCGAAAACCUCCCACUUCUAUUUCAGAUCUGUAUGAUAAUACUUCUCUACUAUCUACCCACACAGAGCCCAAACAACCCUCUGUCAGUCCUCUAAGUGCCCUUCAGUCCGUUAUGAAUCUUCAUCUGGUUAAAGCUGCCAAACCGGUUAGGCCUGUCCAGGACCCUAUGAGUAUGCUUCUCAGGAUGAGCAACAGCAUGGCGGAAAGGGCUGCACUGGCUACUCCAUCUGGACAGUCGCCGAAACGUAGCCAGUUACAUUCUGACUGCCAUGAAAUUUGCAGAGACCAACCAAUAGACUUGUCCAAAGGAAAAACUGAAAAAUGUCUUAAGGCUGCCACUCUUCCAGGCAAAGCAUUGAGUUCCUCCACAACUGUGAGUGAAUCAACUGCUUCCAAAAUAUUUACACCAGUUAGUCCUUUGCAUGAAAAUGCUCUCUCGGACAUAUCAGACUUGCUGCGUAAUCUGUCAGACUCACAAACUCUAAAGCCUCCAACACUUUUAUGUAGGACAGAGCAGACAGAAAUUGAGGGCUCUCACACUUCAGAUGAGGAAGAGUAUAUGUCCAUGGUGCACAAACGUAAAGGUAGGAAGUCACACUGGAAACCCCAGCAUUUACUGAUUUUGCAGGCUCAGUUCACUUCCUGCCUCAGGCAAGCAGCUGAUGGAAAGUAUGUGAUAUUAGACUUGAGCUCCCAGGAAAGGAUAGUCAUAUCACAUAUAACAGGUCUGUCUAUGACAACCAUUAGCCACUGGCUGGCCAAUGUGAAAUAUCAGCUGAGACGAACAGGCAGAACAAAAUUCAUAAAGAACGUUGACUCUGGGCACCCAGUCUUCUACUGUAGUGAAUGUUCAACACAGUUCCAAGCUCGCUCAACAUACAUCUGUCACCUUGAGUCACACCUUGGGUUUAAAAUGAAAGACUUGGCCAAGCUUACUUCUCCUCCUGAAAAAUCUCUGCUUCCUUCUGUACCAGCUGCUGGAAGAGGUCAAGAGCAUCUGCUAACAGUGCCAGCACUGUAAAAAUCCAGUAUUUACGGUGUAAUGCUAAAACACAUCAAACGUAAACACAUUUAGCACUGUAUACCAGGAUAUUUAUUGGAUGUUGAGAUUGCACAAUAGUCUCACAAUCUAAGUAAGGAUUCAUAUGCAAUUAGUUAUUUUAAUAAAUUAAUAAACACAUUUGGCCUUAAGGGUCAGCAGAGCACUGUGGUCAUGGAUGUUAUCAUUGUAUUUUAACAUUUAAAAUAUGUUCAGAGUUGUAAAGGUGGCUAAUGCCAGAGACUCUGUAUAAGAAAACUAUUAUAUGUAAAUAUAUAGGCUUUAAAAUUCUGUCUGAUAUUGCUUUUCUUGCUAUUUGUGUAAGUUUCUAUUCUUAAAUGAAAAGACUGUAUAUUUGUACAUAGAUAAACUGUAAUGUUUAAAUUUCUGUCUCUCUCU